GUGAUGUGCGUCCCCCGUUACGUCGGGUCCAUGUUACAAUGGCGGCCGCCUGUGGAACGGUGCGAGGAGCGUGAGCGUCUGUGGACGUGAUUCCAUGCUGGAGAGAUCGUGUCCUUGUCAGAUCAGAACCACGAUGUUGUUAAACUGUAAGUCAGCAUUUUACAUUCUAAGGACUAUGGCCUGCAGAGCCUGUGGCUGUCGACAACAAGUCCAGCAUUCAUUAAGAUCAUUUUCACAUCGCGCUGGAGUUCUGGGCAAUGGCUCGCCUAAACUUCAGUAUCGGCACAAGUUUAAGGAAUAUUCAACCUAUUGUGAUAGAAAACAGAGAUAUCUGUCAGCACUCUCUAGUUCGUUACUCAGGAAAGAACAGCAGAGGCCGUUGUCCAGGUUUGACUUUCUGGAUAUUGAGGAAGUUGAAGAAAUGAUAAACAAUGCAGAGAAGAGACGAUGGAUUAGGAGAUUUAUUGUCAAUCCUGAUUUGGCAAACCUAAUCGUGGAACACAUUGAUACUGAUCUAUCUGAAAAUAAUGCAAUAAUUUUUGAGUGUAAUCCGGGGCCUGGUGUUUUAACACGAGCAUUACUGAAUGGUGGAGCACAGAGGAUUGUAGCUCUGGAGUGUGAUAAGCAGUUUUUACCAACGUUACAGUCCCUAGAAAGGCAUGUGAAUGGACAGUUGGAAGUGGUGCACUGUGAUUUCUUCAAGCUGGAUCCACUAGGUCAUGGCAUGAUGAAACCUCCUGCAAUGUUUUCUGAGAAACUCUUCAAUGAUCUGGGAAUAUCAGAGGUUGCUUGGACUGCAGAUCCUCCGAUUAAACUUGUUGGAAUCUUUCCACAAAAAAAUGAACGUAACAUGCUUUGGAAGCUUGUUUAUGCUUUGUUUGAACGGAUUUCAGUUUUUCAAUAUGGGAGAAUAGAGAUCAACAUGUUCAUAAGUGAGAAAGAAUAUACGAAACUGACGGCGGAGCCUGGUAACCUGCAGCACUAUCAGGCCUUAGUUGCAUUGUGGCAGAUGGCUUGUGACAUAGAGUUGUUACACAAGGAACCUUGGUCAUCUUUUUCUACAAGUUCUAAAAAUGGUGGAUGUGUAAAACGAGGCAUGGUGACAAAUGACCAUUUGUGUCUUGUGCGGCUGACACCACGCAAAGACUUAUUCAAUCAGACUCUAACAGCUGCCAAUUCGGCCACACUGGUAUUGAUGAUGAAGCAGUGCCUUGCAAAACGAAGAGCGAAGCUGAUUGAUAAAUUGGAGUCUUGGUGCCCUGGAGGUGGCGCCAAGUUAAUGAUGGAGCUAGAUUUACCUGAAGAUGUAUUGACAGGCCACGUGUUUCCAGAGGAAUACAAACAACUUUUUGAAGCAAUGGAGCAAUCUCGGGAUUUCAGUCAAAGCUGGUUAUAUGAGGAAAUCUUGGAGAAUACCAGUACUACUGUGAGGCACAUUUGAAUGAAUAACUUCAAGGAAAUAAAAUUAUCCUGCUUCUGACAGUGCUAUGUGACACAUGCAACUGCCCACAGGCAAUCACAUCCAAGACACUGAACACUUUCAAGUGCUUUUAUGUAUUGCUUAAAGCAUUAUGUCAUUCUCCUUCGUUGCACCCGUCACUGGAAUCUUCAUGUUAUUGUCACUCCAUAUUGUAAGCCAUACUAAUCAAUGUUUCCUUAUUUAUAUUGGAAGUAAAUUGUUGCUCUUAAAAUGG